AUGGCUGAUCGAAGAAUUCCGCGUAAAAGGGUACCACCCAAUCGCCUAGUAGAGGAAAAUGAUGAUGAUACUGCCGGAGCAUCAGCAACAGCACCAACAGCACCAACUCAGCAGGUGUCCCUACAAAAAAUGAAGGAAGAAAAUGCUUUAUUAAAAGCUAAAAUCAAGUUCCUUGAGGAUAAGUGCAAGGAUAUCGAAUGUGAGAGAGAUUUCCUACGUAGCAGUCUGACCAAUGCCUUGUCAGCAAAGGAAGACAUGAUGGGAGCUACCUGCAAAUCCAAAUUGGAUGAUGCUGUAUCACAGUCUUCCAGUACGGAGGAUGACCUUCAUACAGAAAGGGGAAAAAAGGCAAAGAGAAGAGGAAAAGCGCUGAGGAAAAAAAAACAUUGCAAAGUUGACUCCUCGUCCUCCUGUGUAUCUUCAACCUCAUCCUCAUCUCAAUCCUCUUCAUCCCCUGCACCCCGUAAAUCCAGCAAAAACAAGGAUAAAACCAAGAAAAGGAAUGCAAACAAAAAGCAGAAAUUCACAAGAGUCUUUCUUCCAGAGCAAGCCAUCAAGAGGUACAACAAGGUCUUGGGCUAUUUGAAAGGUGGGACAACAAAAACCCAGGCAUUCUUCAAAUGUGGCGUGGAUAGAAAGACCAUUGCUGAUACUGCUGCAAUUGCGGAGCUCGAAGCUUGUGACAUAGAGGCCUACAAAAAUUUGCGAGGCACCUUUCAAAGAGGACAGAAACUGUCUAAUUUUGCAGAGCGGUGCAGAGAAUUAUGCAGGCAGGAGCCACUGCAAAGCACCAUUGAAAACAAAAAGAAAGUUGGCUUGCUUAUAGACUUUUGUGAGAGACAAAAAUAA